AUGGGAGUUUGUAGUUCAACUAAAGUUCCUUAGAAUAAGAACACUACUAAGGAGAAUUUUAAUGCAUCGUUGGCAAAAACAGCCGAUGUUUAAUAACCCCAAAUAGAAAUUGCUUCUGCUUUAAAUGAACAAAGAAUAAAUUAAAACCAAACCGUUUAGAGAAAGUUAAUAAAGUCAGGAACACUUAGCUAUUUCGAACACACUCUUGAUAAAACUUAAAUUCCAAAACGGCCUAGUACAUAUUACAAAAUAUAAAUUUAGGAAACAAUAAAAAAUGGGCUUAGAAUUCACCUUAGUUAAAAAUCAAAAUCACUGAUGCAAUAGCCUCAAAAGAUUAUUCGGUUUAUAAAGGCAAGGUAAAGACAUUCAACAAAUUAACGAAUCGAGUGAUGUAACAUAACAGCGAUGGGUAAAUAGUCUUCAUGGAAUAACAUCCAUACGAUUAAGAAGGAAAGGAUUACAUAGAUUGGCUCUAGAAAACUAAUUUGGUAAUUAUGAUAAUUACUAUUUUAAGGAAUUUUAUCAUAUUGCAAAGAUUUAUGAAAUAUUUAUUUGGGGCAAGAAUUUUUAAAUAAUUAGUGAAUAUUGUACUGGAGGUCCAUUAUCAGAGUUAUUAGGACAUAAACUAUCUGAAUAGGUAGUGAGUAAUAUCCUCGAUUAAAUUUUUGAAAUCAUUAAUUUUCUUCACAAAAAUAAGUUAACCCACAAUAAAUUGACAAUAGAUAGCUUUUCUUUUUAUUACGAUUUGUAAAAUUAUUUGAUCAAGUUAACAGAUUUAAAAAGUUUAUUCAAACCUUAAAAAGAACCUUAACUUUAAGUCAUUCAGUAUGCAUCUCCUGAAUCUUUAACUUCUAAUCAUCCUCAUAAAUCAAAUGACAUUUGGUCUUUAGGAAUUAUUGCUUAUCAAUUAAUCACAAGAAAUUUAAUUUACGAAGGGAAUUCAAAUCUCGAAACAAUCUAAGAUGUUAAACAAGCAAUUUUGAAAUGGACUACAUAUUAAGACAUUUCAGAUGAAAUAUCUUAAAAUUUUUAAGAUCUUAUUUUAAAUAUGCUCAAUCCUGAUAAAACUUAAAGAAUUACUAUUGAAGAUUGUUAAAAGCAUAAAUUUAUUUUAAACCAUUAAAUUAACAAUCUCAAUUGCCAUUUUAAGUAUAAUUUUACUUACAGUUUCAGCAAUGAUUUAUAAAAAUGGCUAAUGAUUUAUCUUUUAGAAAACUAUGAGCAUUCUCAUUAUUAAGUAGGAAAACGUAUUUUCGAUAUCUUAGAUAAAGAUAAAGAUGGAAAAUUGAAUAUAUAAGAAUUAAAAGAUUUUCAAAGAAGACUUAAAUAAUCAUAAAAAUAAGAAAUUAAUAUUAAAAUAAUUGAAAGUUUAAUUGAUCACUAAGUGGAAAUAGAGUUGCAGGAUUUCAUUUUGAUGAUAUCAGAUAAAUCUAUUUACAUUACACAUGAAAAUCUUGAUCAUAGUUAUAAAAAAUUAAUGAAUAAAAAUUCAGAAAUUACUGUUAAAUCUUUGUCAAAAGUUCUUAAUAUUUCAGAAAAUUAAUUGACUGAAGAAUUUAAAAAAAAUGAAUUGUAUUAUGAGGUAUUUUUAAAAAUAUUAUAUGUAGAAUUAUUGUAUUCCUUUAGAAUAUAUCAAAUAUGAAUCAACUAUGAAUUAAAUUUUGUUAGUUUAAAAUGAAAAUUGA